UGCGAUCGUUUCAAAGAAAGAACUUAGACUAACAAAAAAGAAAAUGGACACGAGCACACUUUAAAGCACUUUAAAGAGUGAAGUUUAAAACAAGUAGGCUUUUAAAACUGUAAACUCUACACAUAUAAAAUAGUUGGAUCUGUUUUCAAAAUUGGUUUCAAAUGGCGGACUCGAAUAUUUGUUCAGAGAAAGUCCAUGCACAUGUCCGCGAAAACGUUAGGGAUUUCGUCAAGAGCUUGUCGUACCUGAAUUUUCCCAUAGGUGAACCAUCUCUACUGACUAUGAAUAAAUUGAUUGAAGAGUGUAGUCCUAUUCCUGAAUUAGUUGAAGAAGAGCUACUGAAACUAAUAUUUCAUCAGGAUGAGUUCAGGAAUGAAAACCUAACAAUCAAGUAUUAUGCGAAAAAGGUUCUGGUGCAUUUGAGGACUUGCAGACUUGAGAAAAAGUGGCGUUCUUUCUUGACACUACCAGUGUCUAAGAAAUCUCUUUUGGAAGGGGCUCUAUUGGUUUCACAAUGGGGUCAAGUUGGACAUGAGCAUAACAAAAGUUUAAGUGAGAUUGAAGACAUAAUAGACAACAUCUCAGAUAAAGUUAGACAGCUUGUUGAUGCUAAAAACAGUACUGGAGAGGCCUGUAGUGAUAUGGAUGACCAAUUGACAGAAUUGAAAACAGUUAGAAUUAGAUUGGAUUGCAUUAAGACAGUGCUGUAUGAUGAAAUGGGUUUUACAGAAAUGGAUGAAGAUGAUACUUGCAACUUUAAUAAUGUUUAUGUUGACAAGGUUCUUCAAACGAAAAAAGGCCACUCGCUGGUUCUUCUCGUAAUUUACCACGAAGUUGCAAAAAGAUUGGGAAUUCUUUGCUUGCCUGUUUCAAUGCAGGUAGACUAUGAGGAUUGGAUAAUUAUGAGACAUAGGACAACGUCAGAAAAUGGGACUGUUGAUAUUUUCAUAAGUCCUUCAACUGGAAUUGCUUCGAAAGGAGUGCAAUCAGCCGUCUCUGAGUCGUUUCCGAUUUGCGUCGUUCCAGCCAAGGAUGUCUUCAUGCUACUUUUGAAAUAUUUAGCACCAUGCGGAGUGCCUCAUAAUAGUCCAUGUGCAUCUAUUCUGAACAAGGAAAACCACUUGCAUUUUGUUCGAUUAGCCUGCAUAAUCACUUCUGAAACAGUAAGAGCAAUCGAGAGCUACGCUGGAUGGUGCAAUCAUUUCGGAUAUCAAUUGGAACAAGCAAUGGAACUUCUUAAGUCUCACGAGUGUCUCAACCAUACUCAUUUGAUCGAAUGCAUCCAGAAAUUCAGCGAACAACAGGCUGCGAUUGCUAAUAGAGAAAUUCAUGGACGUUUGCCUUGGACUAAAUACGCUGCUGGACUAGUGAUGAUUUAUAAUGGCGAAGAGGAUUUUCUCGAGGAUUAUGUUAACUCUGGUGCGACUGACACAGACAAACACCAGCAUAAUGCUUGUCCACCCGGAGGAUUGUGCGUCAUCGUCUCGGUGCAGUUCAAUUGCCAAUGUUGCCGUGGCGCCCAUUAUAGAGUAUUGUUCGACAAUGGAAAUCUUAAUUCCAUCAGCGAAGACCAUUUAAAGCUUCAUCCGGAAGGUGCAGUUAUUAACAAUCCUCACAUUGGGAUAUUCUUUGAACGAUUCGACGGGCGUCGUUACAUUCCAAACCCAGAAUUGAUGACUCAGUUUCCAGAGGACGAUGCGUUUGCGAAGUCUUUAAUGGGAUAGUUGGAAAUUGAUUGGUUCUUUGAACUAUCAGUUAAUGAGUUAUCCACCAUUCGUAGUAGUACCAGGCGUUUUACUCAUAGCCUAGAAUAGCGCCUAAUUUGAAUAAUGUUAGUUUUUUUUCAGUUUAAACUAGCAGUUCAUUUAUUAACCCAGUAAUUAACAGUAUGUUUACUAGUUUGAAGAAAGAUAACAACCCGUUCCUCGUUUCCUGUUGAAGCAACGAUCGUAUUCUGUUUCCCCUGAAUAUGAAUAUACUCGU